AUGAAGCAGACCCUCACCCCAGCGGCACAGCGCCCACCAGGAGGGGACGUCAGGCCCGGGCUCGACCAGGUCCAAUACAUGGAGGAAUACUACACCAGCCGGAAGGGCCCUUUGUUUGCCACGGCGGUGAUCGCGGGCACCAACGCGGUGAAGCAGGCCAGCACCCUCAUCCCUUUUUGCCACCCGAUCCCUAUUCAAAAGUGCAGUUUCACCUUCCGGCGGCGCGUGGUCGGGGGCGGCUUAAAUUACUCCGCCCUGCCACAUCGCGUUGUGCUGCGCAAGCGGGCCGUGCAACCACCGCCCCCGCAACCCAGCAAGCAGGAAUGCAGUGUCCUGUACUGCUUCUGUACCGUGGCCACGGAAGAAGUCAAGACGGGGGUCGAGAUGGAGGCGCUGACAGGCGCAACGGUAGCAGGGCUGACCCUCUACGACAUGCUCAAGGGGUUGCCUGGAGCGCAAGAGGACGGCCUCGCGAUUGGGGAGGCGUUUAUCUUGGCCAAACGUGGAGGUCGCAGUGAUUUCACAAAGUUGCUCAUGUCUGAGCCAAAUAAGCCCGCACAGGCGACUGUACCCCCGCCUGCAAAUGCUGCUACAAAUGUGCCUUCAUCUAGCACUGAUGUAGACGACAAAAAAGGCCAAUCAAACGCCGAUGCUGGGGAAGAAGAAAGCAAAGAGACCUCCAAAGCAGCAAAGGACGAGAAGUCCGAAGAAGAGGCUGAUGAGGAAGAGGAUGUCACCGAGGAGGAAGAGGAGGAGGAACAAGAGCAGGAGACCAAAGUUGAGCGAAAGCCGAUAAUGUCUCCCCUAAAGGUCGCAGGUAGCAGUACUAGUGCGGUUUCCGCGCGCCCGGCAGGGGAUGCCGGUGCAUGGUGGCGCUCUUCAAGGCACGAGAAAAAACUACAGGAGUUGUACCCUCGGCGCAAGUACGGCGAGGGAUCUCGUGUGUCUCCGCCCGAGAAGGUUCUGCAGAAAAAUCAUACACCUGCACCCGUAAAAAAUAUGAAAGGCAAGUCGGCUACCACCUUGAAACCGGCAGUACACCGUGAGGUCGAGGAUGAGGAUCCGGAACCCAACGACGACGACGACGACGACGACGCGGCAGACAGUGAGCCAGAGGACGUGGAUGAAACACCAGCACCAAGCGGCAUGCAGCGAAAGCACCGAAGAACCGGCCAGUUGACCAAAAAGUCCGGCCGGGCUAUCGUGCGCGAUGCACCUCCCUCCAUAUCGGCACUUCCAUCGUCGAAGUCGACGAAGAAGUCAGUCCCUGUAGCUGCCGGCCGCUUGGCCGGCAAGACAGCGACGCAGGGAGACAAAAAAACACUGCGGGCCACUUUACCGCCUUCUCCCGCCGACGACGGAGAGGAGGAAGAGGAAGAAGAUGAAGAGCAGGAGCGGGAUGAUGAGUACGAAGAGAAUGAUGCAGCUGAGGAGGAGGAGGAGGAGGAGGCUGAACCAGACGAGGAGGAAGUAACGAUGGUAUCAUUAAAGAAAAGUCCAGCGCGGCAAAAGACCAAGAGGGCUCGCACGAUAGCAGCGCCGUCGGAUGAUGAUGAAGGGGAUGAAGAUGUUAAGGCAAAGCCACUUGUGAAGGGCGGCAGCUCGAAGAAGUUGGCUAUGAGGGAAGUUCAACACGACUCAUGGGAUCCUGAAAGGUUGACCUAUGAGGAUGAGGUAGCUGACGACGACGGGGAAGAGGAAGAGGAAGAGCCCCCAUUGCCACUCAAGAAAUUGAAGAAACGUAGACGAUAG